AUGGCCAAUUCUCUAGAACCGAGGAGAGCCGAAGCUCCCCGAAGCGGGAGCCGAAGCCCAAGAGGCUGGGUUGGCUACGCGCCUGGCCGACAGGGUCGACCGGCUCUGGGGCAGGCGCUCGCCGACUCCCGACACGGCUCGGCUUCGCACAGAGAAUCCUGCGCCGAAGGCUUCGCCUGCCCCCGCCGCGAGCGGGGCCCGAGCCCGCCCGAGGCCGAGCCGAACUCAGCCGAAUGUUCCCGAGUCCGAAUACUCCCGAGCCUCGGCUCUCCUCCUGUCCGAAAGUGACCGAGCGCUGCCGGACGGGUUUCUCUGGCCUCGGCCCCGGUUCGGCUGUCAACUCCUGCAAGGCGGCUCGGUCGGGCCCCUUCGGGAGCAGAAGCGAAAAUGGCCGAAGGGGCGAACGGCGCUGGGCCGAGAGGCUGCCGGGAUCGGGGCGGACUCGGCGGGUGGGGGUGGGGCCGGGGCAAGAUGGCGGCCGCAAGGCGAGGAAACGCCUCCUUCACCAUGCUCUCAUCGGUACCUCUUCAGAUGCUCUUCUACCUCAGUGGAGCAUAUCACGCCUUCUACUUCCUGGCCACACUGCUGCUGCUGGUCUACAAAAGUCAGGUGUUCAGCUACCCACAGCAUCACCUGGUCCUCGAUCUGGCUCUGCUGGUGGCGACGGGGGUGCUGGAAGCAGUGGGGGUGUACUUUGGCACCAAGGGCAACCUGACGGAAGCCGAGGGACCGCUGGCUGUGAGCCUGCUCCUCACCGGGAUCACUGCCCUCCUCUGCACCUACUUCCUGCGCUGGCAGACCCUCGUGCUGUGGGUGGACGCGGCCCUGGGUGCCACGCGCCUGGCACUCCACGGCCUCGAGGCAGUCCUGCAGGUGGUCACCAUCGCGGCCUUCGUCAGCUAG